UACUAAAUAGUCAUCAGUGUCCCAAAUUGGACAAAGAUAAAGAGGAUAUGAAAAAGGUUCCAUAUGCCUCUGCUAUCGGUUCCAUCAUGUAUGCCAUGUUAUGUACUAGACCGGACGUAUCGUUUGCUUUGAGCUUGACUAGCAGAUAUCAACAGAAUCCUGGUAAAAGUCACUGGAUUGCUGUGAAAAAUAUCCUAAAGUACUUAAAAAGAACUAAGGAUAUGUUUCUGAUAUUUGGCGGUUUGGAAGAUGAGCUGAAAGUAAAAUGUUACACUGACACAAGCUUCCAAACGGAUCGUGACGAUUCACGAUCUCAGACAGGCUAUGUUUUUACUUUAAAUGGUGGUGCUAUAACUUGGAAGAGUUCUAAGCAAAGCGUGGUGGCCCAGUCGACCACUGAAUCAGAAUAUAUAGCGGCUUCAGAAGCUGCUAAGGAGGCUGUUUGGAUGAAAAAGUUCAUUGCUGAUCUCGAAGUUAUACCAAGCAUACAGAAGCCUAUCGAGAUAUUUUGCGACAAUACAGGUGCAAUUGCUCAGGCAAAGGAACCAAGGUCGCAUCACAGCACGAAGCAUAUUCUCAGAAAAUUCCACUACAUACGGGAAGUUUUGGAAAGAGGAGACAUCGUAGUAGAGAAAAUUGAUACUGAUCAGAAUCUAGCGGACCCGUUUACUAAGCCUAUACCUCAAGUAAAACACGAGAAGCAUGCAAAUAGUAUAGGUCUUAGAUAUGCUAGACAGUGGGUCUGA